AUGUCUGAUUCAUUCGCAGACCUCUGGAGCUCAUCUGCCCCGUCCAAUCCCACAUCUCCGCAGAUACUUGGGGCUGCCAAACAACGAACAACCAUUCCUCAACGGUCCCAGGAUACAUUCUCCAUUCUUUCCGCUUCUCAACCAGCCUCACGCACGCAUUCCCCCCAUGUCACCGGUCCCACCACCCAGCCACGAAACCCUGUGCCAGCAGGUGGAGCGAGAAAUGUAGAUGCAUUCAGUAGUCUUUUUUCUGGCUCGUUAGCGGAUGGAAAAAAUAACAAUACCGCCAACAUGACCAUAGCUGAGCGCGCGGCAGCGGCUCAGAGAGCAAAGUUACAGCAAGCCCAGGCACCUCCCAGGACCACUGCGCCCUUACCAUCUGCUUGGGACGGGCUUGAUUCUCUUGCACGACAGUCGACACCUUCACAUCCUUCACCCUCUCGUUCACCACAGGUCGACUUUGAUUUCUCUGCGUUUGCAUCUUCUUCAGCCACUAUCGUGAAAUCACCAGUGGGAGAUAAUGAUUGGACUUUACCUGACUCCACAGCUCCUCAACCACAGUCUACUUCUCAAACAAAGCCUGCAGGAACGCUCUGGGACCUUGAUGAUUUUGAAUCAUCUUCUCAUUCUUCCUCUAAUUCCCCAAUCCCUCCUCGCUCACGUACACCUGGUGACUUUGACUUUGGUAAUCGUGAGGAUGGCCUUUUGGAGGCCCACUCCGAUGAUGGUAAUGAUGACAUCUUGGGUGACCUGGCACGACCAGUCGAUGCAGUCAAACCGUCUUCACACAAUCAAUCGACUCGUGCUACACCAUCGCCUCAAGCUCCACAAUUGCAGCGUCUUUCAUCAAGACCUGUCUCACCACCUCCUCACAUCGUCGGGCAAAUUGUAGAAAUGGGAUUCUCUCCCCAACAAGCGCGUAUAGCGCUUGCAGCUACGGAUACCGGUCUCGAUGUACAAGCCGCUUUAGAGACUCUACUCGCAAAUGGUGCUGGUAAUUCCUCCACCCCACCUCCAUCGUCGCAUGACUACGAAGUUCGACCGCCCCCACGACGCCCACCAAAUCAGCGUAUUAGCUCAAACCGAGACCGAGACCGAGAAGUACUGCGUAGUACCGAACCAGAAACACAUCAAUCUCCAGAUCUUAACGUGCAAGCGGAGAAGAUUAUCGCACAAGCUAGUGAAAUCGGUAUAAGCGUUCUUAAUCGCGCAAAUGCUUUCUGGAAGGAGAGCAAGGAGAAAGCACAGCGGAUAUAUGAAGAACGUGCGGCUGUGGCUCGAGCUGGGGCAGGGACCAAACGAGGAGAUGGGAGACCGCGUUGGAUAUCGGACGAAGUACCGGACAGAGCUGGUGUAGAGCAACAGGAUAGGAGAGUGACUGAUGGGUUCAAGGAUGACGAUCAAACCCCCCCUCCGACUAGACGAUUAAGACAAGAUGGGCCCACUAGACAACCUCCCUCACAGCCUGUCGAAUUGCCAUCGCAGUCUCAACCGAAAGAAGUGGAUCUUCUCUCAUCUGAGGCCCCCGUUUAUCAGUCUCCAUUCCGACGUGGUCGCCCAACACCACAGCCUCAGCCUCCCGCAGCUCCUUCCCAUCCUACUCCUGUUCCCUCACCUCCGAAGCCACAACGUGUACUGGUUCCCGCAUCGUCUUCAGCCCUCUCAACAUCUGCUUCACACAAAGCCACGGGCACGUCAGCAUAUAAACUCGGGCAGUAUGCAAAUGCAGAAUCAGCUUAUUCUCUUGCCAUUGCUACACUACCAGCCUCACACAUCCUCCUCGUUCCGCUGUACAACAACCGUGCGCUCGCAAGGCUCAAGACAGGUGAGACCCGUAGCGCAAUAGAAGACUGUGCAAGCGUGAUAGAGAUAGUCGGUGAUGACAGAGGCGUUAUCGAGGGGGUAGAUUUAGGGGAUGCCCUUGUGAAAGCUUGGCGAAGACGUGCAGAAGCCUAUGAGGGGAGAGAGAAGUGGGAGGAUGCAAGGAAAGACUGGGAAUCAGUUGCGGGGGCUGCAUGGGCGCCAUCGAAUAUACGUGCCGAAGGCGCGCGUGGAGCUGGACGAUGCAGACGGAUGCUCAAUUCCAAUGUUGACGAGGACGCCCCCGUACCAAAACCCAAGCCAAAGCCCAAAGCCCCAUCGGUCAAGCCCGCGCCAACGCAUUUCGACUCGGGGGCGCUCAAGGCUUUGCGUGCUGCGACCAGUGCAGCUGAAGCCGAAGAUAAUCAGCGGCAUGAACUCAAGGACUCUGUUGAUGCUCGGUUGAUAGCAUGGAAAGGCGGGAAAGAAGCUAACAUCCGUGCAUUGAUUGCUAGCCUCGACUUGGUGUUAUGGCCAGAGCUGAAAUGGCAGAAAGUGGGGAUGCAUGAGCUUGUGUCGAAUGCUCAAGUAAAGUCUCGUUACACGCGUGCCAUUGCGCGUGUACAUCCAGACAAGCUGAACGCGCAAAAUACCACUGUUGAACAGAGGAUGAUCGCCAAUGGGGUGUUCGGUGCUUUGAAUGAGGCGUGGAACGCGUUUCAACAGUGA